AUGGGCAUCUGUUCAUUUAUACCAAUUAAUCAAAACUUAGAUAAUAACAUAGAAAAGUGGUCAGUAUUAGAGAAAGAUAUCAAUGAAUUAGAAGAUAAAAUAUUCAAGUAGGUUGAAUUUUUAGACUCACUCUAAAACAAUCAAGAUUAUAAACACUUUAAGAAGUAGUAAGUUAGGGAAUACAAAGAAUCCUAAAAAAUUAAGUUUAUCAAAGGCCUAGAGCAUAUUUAUAAAACUAGGAAAUCAAUUGGCUUAUUUAGCAUAGAUGACGACACUAAUGAUGAGGCACAUAACUUUAAAAUGGAUUUGAAUUUACUGAAGAGAGACUAUGUAGAAAAUUUGAAACAAAGAUAUGAUUAAUGUCUUAGUUAACUGAACUAGCUAAAAAGAGUUCUAGAUAAAGAUAUUUUAGAGCUUAUGAAAUUCUAGAAGAAGAAAAAUCUUUUGAAAAUGGUCGAGUUUAAUCAGUAUUACGAGAUAGCUGAAUAUGCUCGAAUAAGUAUAAACUCAAAUGAUAAAUGGCAUAAAGAAUAGCAGGUAAUCAACUCCUAUUUGGCAGAACAUAAGAACAAAGACUAUAUUCUAGACUUGUUUAAAAAGUAAAACCAAAUCUUGAAACUUAUUGCAGAGCAAGAAAUGAAAUUUAGAUAAAACUUUUCAAGUGUGGAAGAUUAGAGGCAGCAAAUAUUGAGUGCUGUCAAAACUCACUCAUAAUUGAAGUAGCACUCAGAUAGUAAUUAAUCACAACUAAACCCGGAUUCUAAAUCUACAACUACUAACAGCACUGGCUCAAAUACUAGUACUAAUGCUCAACUUUUAAAAGCAUGA